AUUUGCAGUUCUCUUUGUAGGAGGGGCUAGAGGCUACAAAAUCUUAGGGUAAAGCUACUGAGAGCUUAGAGUGAGUUACACUGUGUACAAGAUACUAGGAAAUCAGACACGUAGAAACAUGUCUGGAAAACCCAAGCUGCACUACUUCAAUGGACGAGGCCGAAUGGAAUCAAUACGGUGGCUACUAGCAGCAGCCGGGGUUGAGUUUGAAGAAUGCUUUAUGGAAACAAAGGAUGAUUUCGCAAAGUUACAGAAGAGUGGAUCCCUGCUGUUUCAGCAAGUGCCAAUGGUGGAGAUUGACGGAAUGAAGAUGGUGCAGUCUAGAGCCAUUUGCAACUAUAUAGCAGGAAAAUACAACCUCUAUGGGAAGGACCUGAAGGAGAGAGCCCUAAUUGAUAUGUAUGUGGAAGCAAUACUAGAUCUGAAUGAGUUAAUAAUGACCCAUCCUUUACAACCAGCGGAUAAGAAGGAGCAACAUUUUGCUACUAUUGUGAACAAGGCCACAAACAGAUACUUCCCAGUCUAUGAGAAGGUUUUGAAAGACCAUGGACAAGACUUUCUUGUUGGCAACCAGCUUAGCAGGGCAGAUGUGCAAUUACUUGAGACCCUUUUAACAGCAGAAGAAUGCAAGCCUGACAUACUUGACAAGUUUCCUCUACUGCAGAGUUUUAAAGCAAGAAUAAGCAAUAUCCCCACAAUAAAGAAAUUCCUGCAGCCUGGCAGCCAGAGGAAACCACCACUACAAGAAAAAGAUUUACCCAGAGUGAUGGCAAUUUUCUACUGAGCAGCGACCUAAACCCACAGAAGCUGUAUUUCAUUGCCUUUGUGUUUGCUGACAGUGGCAGAAUGAAAAUGAUAAAAAUAGCAAAAAGGUUUUUGAUCUCUCUUUCCUUCAGCUACAGCACUGGUUUUAGCCUACUGCAAAUACCUCCAAGCUAAAUGUCCACGAGCAUAGCAGCAGAUGGAACAGGUCACUGAGUUAGGGGGCACUCUGCGCACAACACAGGAUGUCUUCUAUUACCUAAGAGAUUACCUGAAAUAAAGUCUUACUACUGACAUUCAAAA